AUGGGGAACGACAGUGGCAUGAGCAGGAAUCACUUUGAAUCAUGGAACGCCGAAGCACUCGCUGUGGUUAUCUGCUCCGCUUUGGCUCUCUACAACGCGCUGGAACUUGAGCUGCUUAUCCUUACCACCUUCCAUGCCUACCGUGGACUCUACUUCUGGUCGCUCGCCCUGGCCAGUUUCGGUGUCAUUCCAUACGUCUUGGGGUUCAUGAUCGAAUACUUCGAGCUUAGCUACUUGUCUCUGGGCACCGCUAUCGACACGUUCGGUUGGGCGUUGAUGGUGACUGGCCAGUCAGUCGUCCUUUACAGUCGGCUGUGGCUCGUGUUCGGCAACGGUCACAAGCGUCUGUUACAGCUGAUCAAAUGGACCAUCAUCUUCAACGGGUGUACUUUCCAUGGACUCACGGCUAUCGUGGUUUAUGGCUCCCGCUUUGGCAGCGCCACAAAAGCUUUUAGCGAAGCCUACAAUGUUAUCGAGCGCAUUCAAAUGUGCGUCUUCUUUCUACAGGAAGUCCUAUUGUCCGGCAUAUACAUCUGGAAAGCCCUCGACAUCAUCCAAACUUCUGAUCGCAAGCGUUCCCACCACACCAUGUGGCAGCUCUUCUCUAUCAACGUCAUCAUCAUCGCUCUCGACAUUGCGCUCCUAGCUCUGGAAUUUUCCGGCCUGCACGUCGCUCAGCAAACCAUUAAGGGCUUGAUAUACUGCGUAAAGCUGAAGCUGGAGCUGGCGAUCCUGAACAAGCUGGUAGACGUAUCAACGGUCCACGCCCGAGCAAAUGCCUUGACUCUCGGCAACACAAACGAUUUCCUGGAUCCUACGAAAACGGUUUGGGACAUAACUCGCUUUACUCCGGCAUUUAGCUCGUCGAUGCAUACGUACCCAAAGUGGGUACAAGACCUGGAGAAAUCAGGCCUGAGGGCGUCGUAUUCCCCAACGGACAGCACCUGGGCGCAAGCACAGAAGCGCAAUACCAGCCUAUCGGCCGACGAUAGCUACUUCUCCGCCGAGGUACAGCCAUGCACAACGUUGCUCGACCCGCGACUAGAGGGCAGGGACAGAGGUUCUGCAACGGAUCUUCUCUACGCUGAUGCGGUACGCAAAUUGACGAACCCUGGUUGA